UGCAAAAACAAAACGCUCUUUCUUUCUCGAUCAACACAUCAAGAUGGGUAUCAGCCGCGAUAGCUAUCACAAGAGGCGGGCCACUGGUGGCAAGAAGGCCGCCAUCCGCAAGAAGAGGAAGUACGAGUUGGGACGCCCGGCCGCCAACACCAAGAUUGGAGCCAGCCGUAUCCACUUUGUGCGAACCCGCGGUGGAAACAGGAAGUUCCGUGCGCUCCGCCUGGACGCCGGCAACUUUGCCUGGGCUUCGGAGGGAUGCGCCCGCAAGGCACGUAUCAUCGAUGUCGUGUACAACGCGUCCAACAACGAGCUCGUGCGCACCAAGACGCUGGUGAAGAACGCCAUCAUCGUGAUCGAUGCCGCCCCGUUCCGUCAGUGGUACGAGAGCCACUACCUGCUGCCGCUGGGCAAGAAGCGUGACCUGAAGGCCGGCGAGGAGGAUGUGUUGGCCAAGAAGCGCAGCAAGCAUCUGCUCAAGAAGUACGCCAAGCGCCAGAAGACUGCCAAGAUCGAUCCCGCCCUGGAGGAGCAGUUCAACGCUGGCCGUCUGCUGGCCGUCAUCGCUUCCCGACCUGGACAGAGUGGCCGUGCCGAUGGUUACCUGCUGGAGGGUAAGGAGCUGGAGUUCUAUCUCAAGAAGAUCAAGAACAAGAAGUCCAAGUAAGCGCGCGGUAACGGGUGUGAGGAAGAGAGCGGAGGAAAAAGUGUGACCGACCGAUGUGAUGGAAAGUGUUUAACCGUGAAACGGUAAUCAAUUGUACCGUUUGUACGCGACAUUCUACCGAGCAACACUCCAACAAAAAAGUACGCGAAGGGAAUACACAAAAAUAUUCACAAUAAAAAAAAACCGUAAAAAGUGAA